ACGCUCCUCCUCCUGCUGCCGGCGCCAUAUUGCUGGAAACUCCACAGUCGCUGGUGUAGUUCGUGAGGGGAGGGGGGCGCAGGGCGACGGUCCCGCUUGACAUAUAAAUUAAAAACCCAUUAAAAAUUACAAAAAAAUAACACCACAGAGCGUCCACUUAGCUGAAAAAAGCACCACGGCUGUAUAAUAUAAAGAGCCAUCGCCAUCCGUCGGCGCUGCCCGUUUUCCCGUGGAAUGAGCAUUCCAUGCGUCCUCCUAGGCAUGAAUGAAGUGGGCUGGCAGGAGACUCGCGGGGGGAUGCGGCACGCCAACGGCGCCCAGGAGGCCGCAGGGGUCCGAGUCCCGGGCUCGGCAGCUUUGGCUGGGGGUGGAGUCGGACCAGGUCCCGGCGGGGCCCAGGCACAGCAGGCCCUGGAUGGGGCCUCGAACCCUCAUUCUUUGGCCCCGGCAGUUUCGGCGACAGUGGUGGGUGCCCUGGGGGCCCAGCCUCCUCUAAGUGGGCGCUCGCAGGACGACGCCACCGUGGGCUACUUCUUCCAGCGGCAACCUGGGGAGCAGCUGGCUGGCUACACCAGCAAGCAUCGCUGGCCCACGGGAGACGGGAUCCACAUGGACCAGGUGCGCUCUGUAGACGAGAUGAACCAUGAUUUUCAGGCCUUGGCACUGGAGUCGCGUGGAAUGGGCGAGCUGCUGCCUGCAAAAAAAAUCUGGGAGACUGAUGACUCGGCCAAGGACAGUCAGAAAGGGAUCUUCCUGGGCGAGGAAUGGCGAGAGAACACCUGGGCCUCUCACCACUCCAUGUCGCAGCCCAUUAUGGUGCAGCGGGCGCGACCUGGGCACAGCUUCCACGGCAACAGCGAGGUGAACUCGGUGCUGUCGCCGCGCUCGGAGAGCGGGGGUCUGGGAGUGAGCAUGGUGGAAUAUGUCCUCAGCUCCUCGCCCGGGGACAAGCCGGACGGCCGUUACGGAAAGAGGACUUACGGUGCGAGUGACGCAGGCUCCAAUGCGGCAGAGAAGGGAGACAAAGACAAGCCGUCCCCCUUCGAGGAGGACAAGGGCAGAGAGCUGACCCAGGCCGAGGGGGAGGAUGUGGCCAAGGCCAACGGCCGCGGGCUGCCCAACGGCAUGGAGGCUGACUGCAAGGACUUCAACCGCACCCCCGGCAGCCGGCAGGCCUCCCCUACAGAGGUGGCAGAGAGGCUGAGCUCGGUUCAGGCCGCCUCAGAGAUGCUAGGUCAGCACCAGCACCCCCAGGGUGUGGGCAAGGCUCCGGCCGAAGAAUUCCAGAACCAGGAAGCUGCCGGGAUGGACGGCAUGGAGCAGGUGGGCCUGGAGUCUCUGCAGUUUGACUACCCACCGAACCAGGUGCAGAUGGACUCUUCCGGAGCCCCCGUGGGCCUGUUCGACUAUAACCCCCAGCACCAGCUCUUCCAGAGACCCAGCCACCUGGCCGUACAGCAGCUGACAGCUGCGCAGCAGCAGCAGCAGUAUGCGCUGGCCGCCGCUCAGCAGCAGCACAUCGCAGGCCUGGCCCCCGGCGUUAUCAUCAGCACCGCCCCCCCCGGGACUGACCCGUACACUGCUGCUGGAUUGGCCGCCGCCGCCACACUUGCAGGUCCUGCAGUGGUGCCCCCACAGUACUACGGUGUACCCUGGGGUGUGUAUCCCGCCAACCUCUUCCAACAGCAGGCAGCCGCCGCCGCAGCCAACAGCUCCACCAACCAGCAAGCAGCCAACCAGGGUCAGGGCCAGCAACAGGUAAUGCGUAGUGGUGCCAACCAGCGCCCCCUCACCCCGGGCCAGGGUCAGCAGAACCAGCAGGAGUCUCUGGCGGCCGGAAACCCCACACUGGCCUUUGGCCAGGGUCUUCCCACAGGCGUGCAAGGCUACCAGGUGCUGGCACCGGCGGCCUACUACGACCAGACCGGGGCUCUGGUGAUGGGCCCGGGAGCCCGUACGGGCCUCGGCGGCCCAGUCCGGCUGGUGCAAACUCCGGUGCUGAUCAACCCAGCGGCUGCCCAGGCUGCCGCAGCAGCCUCUGCCUCCAGCUCGGGGAGUGGACUGACUGGGGCAGCUAAUGGCCUCUUCCGGCCUAUGGGUGCCCCCCCUCAGCAGCAGCAGCAGCCCCCGCCCCCCCAGCAGCAGCAGCCGCCCCCGCCGCCUGCGCACCCUAGCGCCAGUGUGCAGUCCAGCUCCUUCUACGGUGCCGGCUCUGUGGCUCCCAGCUCCCAGAGCAGCUCACUCUUCUCACACAGCCCCGCACAGCCGCCCCCCCCCGCCAGUUCCUCCUUGGGUUUUGGGGGAGCUGGCUCACUAGGCGCAGCCAUCGGCUCGGCCCUCGGGGGCUUCAGCUCCUCUGUGGCCAGUUCGGGCAGCAACAGCGCCUCCCGCAGGGAUUCACUCUCGGCCGGCUCGGACCUCUACAAGCGCAGUGGCAGCAGCCUGACACCCAUCGGCCAGCCCUUCUUCAACAGCCUGGGAUUCUCCUCGUCCCCGAGCCCCAUCGGGAUGCCCCUGCCCAGCCAGACGCCCAGCCACUCACUGACCCCGCCCCCGUCGCUCUCCUCGCAUGGCUCCUCCUCCAGCCUGCACCUGGGUGGCCUGACCAACGGCAGUGGUCGCUACAUCUCGGCGGCCCCGGGGGCGGAGGCAAAGUAUCGCGGCGUAGGCGCGACUUCCAGCCUGUUCGGCUCCAGCAGCCAGCUGUUUCCGCCGUCUCGCCUGCGCUACGGUCGCUCCGACGUCAUGCCCUCAGGCCGCAGCCGCCUGCUGGAGGACUUUCGCAACAACCGCUUCCCGAACCUGCAGCUGCGUGACCUCGCUGGCCACAUCGUGGAAUUCUCCCAGGACCAGCAUGGCUCCAGGUUCAUCCAGCAGAAGCUGGAACGUGCCACGCCAGCCGAGAGGCAGAUGGUGUUUGCGGAGAUCCUGCAGUCUGCCUACCAGCUGAUGACAGACGUCUUCGGCAACUACGUUAUCCAGAAGUUCUUCGAGUUCGGCAGCAUGGACCAGAAGCUGGCGCUGGCUUCCCGCAUCCGUGGCCACGUGCUGCCUCUGGCGCUGCAGAUGUACGGCUGCCGCGUGAUCCAGAAAGCCCUGGAGUCCAUCUCGUCCGACCAGCAGAGUGACAUGGUGCGUGAGCUCGACGGGCACGUGCUGAAAUGCGUCAAAGACCAGAACGGCAACCAUGUGGUGCAGAAGUGCAUUGAGUGCGUCCAGCCGCAGGCGCUGCAGUUUAUUAUCGACGCCUUCAAGGGCCAGGUAUUCGUGCUGUCGACGCACCCGUAUGGCUGUCGGGUGAUACAGCGCAUCUUGGAGCACUGCACCCAGGACCAGACCCUGCCCAUUCUGGAGGAGCUGCACCAGCACACAGAGCAGCUUGUGCAGGACCAAUACGGCAACUACGUCAUCCAGCACGUCCUGGAGCAUGGCCGAGCCGAAGACAAGAGCAAGAUUGUUGCCGAGAUCCGGGGGAAGGUCCUGGCUCUCAGCCAGCACAAAUUUGCCAGCAAUGUGGUGGAGAAGUGUGUGAACACUCAUCCCGCGCGGAGCGAGCCCAUGCUCAUCGACGAGGUUUGCUGCCAGAACGACGGGCCGCACAGCGCCCUCUACAGCAUGAUGAAGGACCAGUACGCCAACUAUGUGGUGCAGAAGAUGAUUGACAUGGCCGAGCCAGCGCAGCGCAAGAUAAUCAUGCACAAGAUCCGGCCUCACAUCGCGACCUGCGCAAGUACACAUACGGGAAGCACAUCCCUGGCCAAGCUGGAGAAGUACUACAUGAAGAACAACACAGACCUGGGUCCCUUCGGGGUUCCGACCAACGGGCUGAUGUAGGCAGCCCUCCUGCUGGCUCUUUCCUGGCACGGGGGGCACUAGUGUAAUUCCAGUAUAGCCCCAUUGCCCACCCCCCCUGAGAGGGUUGCCCUCUGUGAUACUGUCCUGAAGGGAACUACCAAAAAUCAACUUAACCUGACGAUGCUGUGUGCCCACCACAACAUAAGCCCCUUAGCGCCCCCCCCCUCCUUGUGGCCUGGAGGGCUGUCACAUCACUGAGCUGGGGAAAGCACAGAAUGCUUGUAUAUGAUGUAAUUGUAUCAAAACUGGUUGUCAUAUUUUGUAAAUUUUUACCUUGUAAAUUUGCUGUAUAAAAUAUGGGUAGUUUUUAAGCUGAAUUUCAGCAUUCUUAUACCAGCAAGUGACUUGUUGCGGAUCGUGGCAGUGCGGCACAGACACAUUCAGGUUUUGUUGUUUUUUUUUCUUUUGAAAAGAUAUUCCGUCCCCCUAAGGUCUGGUCUCUGCUCAUUUAAUGGGGAGGCGAGCCAUCUGUUUGCAUUAAUGUGCAGUCCCACCAGGGGGCAGCGAUGCUACCCCGUUGUAACUUCCGGUUUUAUGUUCGUUUUAUAGCCAUCGUCACGACGGCUGUCGGGGCUCAGCGCCGCCGCGAUUGGCCGCCCUUAGGGCUUUUAUUUAAUUCGAGACCCUGACGUUGUCUUCAGUUCCUUAUUUGCUGGUGGCUGCUGUGAGGUGGGCUGUGAGGGGUCUAAGGCGCGCCCGUGUGUUCAAUGCUGCCUGUCCCCCCGUCCGCAAGGCGCUGGGCUGGGUGGUGGUCUGUACAUAACCGUGGUUAAGUUGUCUUUUGGUGGUUUCCAUGUUCUCACCGGACGAAAGCUUCCAUUAUGUAAAUGAUAUGUUAAACUGCAACUUUUUUUUUAAAAAUAUGGUUUCAUCUAGUUUGUGUAGUUGAGAUGAACACUGCCCUCUAUAUAUAUAUAUAAAUAUAUAAAUAUAUAAAUACACGUUUGUUUUCAAAAAUAAUUUAGCACCUGUAUAGCAGCUUUUGUAUAUAAGUAAAUAGCUCACUUGGGGGGGUCCAGUGGUGGGCAAGACUGGGGUGGGGGGGGGGGGGUAGGCCUCGUUGCUGGUAACAGCAAACAGCUGUCCUCCCUUUUGCAUACUUCUUGGGGUGGUGGGGGCAGUCCAGUUUAUUCUAGUCAUGCCAACAUUUAACUGUGUACUUCCCCCCCCCAGCCCCACCUUUUCAAGGGGGGGCUCUGGCUUCUUUCUUUGAGACAUUAUAUUAUAUUAUAAUGCUGUAUUAAUAUUUAUAAUGGGAUAUUAUAAUAUACUAUAAUGUAGUCCUGAGCAAUGGCUGUCAGUAGAUGGGUCCUGAUAGCCCCUUUUCUAUGGUAUGCAUGAAGCAGCAGCUUGUUUUGUUUAUAUUAAAAUGUAAUCAGUGUGUAGUUAAUACAUAGUUGUAAGUUUACAGUUUUGAAUUAGAAUCUUGUCUCGGUGUUCAUAAGCCCUGCUGGCUUGGUAGUGAAGCUUACAUUGUCUGUACAGUUGUACAUUUGUAAACCUCAAUGCUGUAAAUGUACUGUCUUUUACCCUUUUGAAGAAAAUCUGAAAUUUGAAUUUUAGUGUAUAUCCAUCCCCCCUCCUCUCCCCCUUGCAUAUAGUGUAAACUGUACAUUUCUUUGGAACACAAGUGAUUUUUAAACCUUUAUAUGGCUUCACAAUUUGAAAUGGCUUUCAUAUCUGUUAGAAAGUCUUUGUACUAAACAGCUGUCAGAUACUCUAUUCAUAUUGACAUUUUGGAAGCAUUUUACAGUAAACUUUGUGUACUGAAUAGAAAUGAUUUGUCCCCUGGGUACCUUGGCGAUGUCUGAUUUGACAGGCUUUUUUUGUACUGAAGAGUGCUGUAUUUUGGGACACCUACUAACUUGUAAGUCAAAAAUGUAAGAUACUGUCAAUUAUACAUCUGAAAAUAUGAGGCUGUAACACUAUCUAAAGUGAUGUACAUUUUCAGCUGCCUUAUGUACAUUUACAGAGGUAACUUCAGUCCCUCACCCUCCCCCAGGCAGAAUUGUGACUGUACAAUUAAACAAUCCUUUGUAAUGUU